UGAUUUGAAAUCUUAUCUCUAUCUCCACUUAGUGCACACCAUGAAUUAUCACAAGGUAGCUCAGUAGUUGGGGCAAAUUUCAAAUCACUAAUCUACUAAACUCAUUCUGAGUUCGAUUCUUAGCGCUGGUGAAUCACAUAAUAGCGGCCAAGAAAAAGCUAAAAUACUUCUUUGAGUCUUCCCGAUACUCAAAAGAAUGAAUUGCACUGUGACUUCGCCACCAGCAAGUCCCUUUUUGCAAAAAAAAACACUUAGUGCACAUCAUGGACCCUCUUGUCCAAAUGCAUAUGUAUCCACAUUAACAUAUGCUUUUAUUCCAAAAAUUAUGUCCUAAAAGCACAUGGUUCCAUUCCCCCACAUGGCAUCCCCAGUCAGCCCCCAGUUAGCUGUAUUUGCUCACAAUUUAAUUUAGUUCUUAAAAACAAAAAACAAAAACAAAAAAAAAAAAAAAAAAAAAAACUAUUUUGCAGCUUAAUUUAAAGGUCAUAUUAUGGGUCUCUUUUACUGGUUGAAAUCUGAGAGGAACUCCUUUUGUGUGGAGCCAUGGAGCCAAUUGGUGAUGACCCAAAUGACCAAUCUGCAAGUAUGAAAGAAGACAACGUGGAAGAAGCCAAUGAUCUCUUGGAAGAGUGUUGGUAUUUUGAUAACUUGCUCAACAGGAAACAGAAGAUGCAAAGGUGUUUUUCUGAUCCUCAUAGCAACUCAUCAGGUUUUGGUCAAGGAAUGUCAGUGAAGGCGAAUAAGGCCACAGAAGGCAAUGGAUUUGCCGGUCCAAAUUUGGUUCAGACGCCGUCAUUGCCUCUUCAUAUAGGGAGGCAGGAGAGUGUUCAAGUGAAGCAAAGUGGUGGUAAGAGCAGUGUGAGCAAAUUGACAAGGGAAACGUCGCAUCAGAAGAUGGUGCAGACACCAACCCAACCGUCGGUUUGUAUAGGGAGGAGGACAGAAGGAGUUCAGGAUAAAGAAAGUGAUAUCAGAAGAAGUAGAGUAAAUGGGCAACUGGUGCGUCACAAUUUGCUCAGGACACCUUCCUUGCCACCAUGUCGAGGAAGAGAAGAGAGAAAGCUGGAAAGUGUUCCGCGAAAACACAUGGGGCUCAUGACACAAUGUUCUACCAUUCCAAGAUAUAAACCCCCCAAAAACACAGUAGGGGAAAGCAACAUGAGUAGUACAGAUGGGAUUAAGGAAAUAAGACUACGGUACCCUAAUCAACUGACGACGAGAAAGAGCCUAAGUGAUCUUGAAAUUGAAGAACUGCAAGGGUUCAAGGACUUGGGGUUCACAUUUGACACGAAAGAGUUGAGCCCUAAUGUGGUGAACAUACUUCCCGGUCUGCAGGAAAAGAAGAGGAGUGAAGAUUUGAACUUGAUACAUGUUAGGAGGCCUUAUCUUUCCGAGGUGUGGUUGGCGCAAAGCUGCGCAGCCCCGCCACCUCCAAUUUUGGGUGCAACUAGGUCUACUGAAGAUAUAAAGGCACAAAUCAAGUUCUGGGCUAGAUCUGUGGCUUCUAAUGUGCGCUAGGGAUUUUUUUUUUUUUUUUUUUCUUUUCUGAAUUUUAACUUGAUUUACAUACUAAUCGAUUAUGUAGUCCGAUUCAUUUAAAAAAGUAACAUCCAAUAAUCUACCCAAACCAAUUAAUCCGACCCAAUUUGGUCAAUUUCAAUAACUCUGAUGAUCCAAUUUCAAUAACUCUGAUGAUCAGAUUGAAUCAUUGGAUUAAAAAAAAUCAUGUGUGAGACAGAGAGGAAGAUGGAGUUGCUAUUGUAUAAUCUCAAUGAUCCGCUCUCAUGCGACACUUUCAAUUGUAUUAUUUCACUUAACAUACACUUAUUCAUUUUGUGAAAUAGUGUUUCAAAAACCGGUCUUGUAAAACGUUACCAAAUGAGCAUAAAUGUUUCUAAUUUACGUUCAUGGGCGUUUCUGUUUUCAUAGAAAACAAUUAGAU